GCGUAAUAUAAGCUAAUGGUGGGUGACGUAAGCCAGAGGUCGCACGAUGCUGCCGGGCCGGCGCGGGCGCAGAGAUCACUAGUGCGCCGUGAUCCCAACACACUCAACGUACUCAUUCAACACUUGACCAUGAAAAUCACGUUUAUUUUCCUGUUUUGUUUGGCGGCGACGCGCGCUGACGACCUCACUCAUGCUGCUGGACAAAUCUUCAACCAAAUACUACCAAACCUCAUCACCAACCAAGUAGCCAACGGCGGCCAACAGGGAAACUCAGCGUCGAAUACUCUGUCGCAAAUCGGGACUGUAGUCGGAGGAGUGGUAGACUACGCUAAGAAGAAAAGUUACGAUGACCUCCUCAAACAGGUGCAGGACUCCACGACUGACGAUGACCUGCUCAGGGUGAGCGAGGAGAUGUUCAACGCGGAUAUAAACAACGCAUUCAACUACAUUCAGAUCAAUCUGCAAGGCAAAACCAGUCCCAUGUCGAAGACCGACGAGGCACAAUCGAAUCUUCUGAACGUGCCCGAAAACGUAUGGAAUGGACCUACUAUAAGGCCUUUCGUCGCCCUGUUCGAUAACUACCACAAAAAUGUGAUUAGACCAGAGUUCGUCACACCAAAUGAGGAAACGGAACAAGUCACAUACAUAAACACUAUACUGGCUACUGGCCCUAUUAGGAGCCUCAUGACUUUCCUAGUCAGCAAAGGUCUGACCCAACUGAACGAAUACCCUGAGCAAGUGGAACUCCUCAAAAAGAUCUGGUUCACAAAGUACGCCCGCCACUGGACCGGCCUAUGCAAAUGCAGCUGCGCCUUCGAGCAGAUCUUCAUGGCUGAGCUCAAAUCAGACACCGUACUCGGUCUGCACAGCUGGUUGUUCUUUGCCAAACGCGAGUUGGACCACAAAGCGAACUACCUCGGGUACAUCAACAAACUCGACCUCGCUGGGAAAGGCAUGAUACUGAAGCAGCACUCGAUCCUGUCAGAGACUAAAGACGCGCCAGAGGUGACAAUGUUUGUGGGGACUUCCCCCGAACUCGAGACCGCUCUAUACACGCUAUGCUUCAUGGCGCGCCCCGACAGGCCCUGCAACCUCCGUUAUAACAACGUCAACUUUAGCAUCCAAACCAAAACCCUUACUGCAGAAAACGUUAAGCUCAUUGACACGGCUUACCCUCAAUUCUAAUGUUAUACUGAUUCGAUAAGAAUGUUUAUAUUGCUAGAAAUACAGUAUUAGCUUGUUUGUCCACCAUGGCGAGUUCAACGUACAUUACUGAUUUUCCCUGGCGGUAAUACAAAGCUCAUAAUAAUCUGCGCAAUCUACGUUAAUUCGCGUCUACAUUCGAGACUCGCGAGGUCGCCGAUAGUGUAUUUUUAGCAAACCUAAGUUUAUAUUUAUUUAUUUCUUUAUUGCAUCAAAUGAUUAAGAUUCGACUGAAUAAAUCAUUUACUCUUAUCAAAAUUUAUUCGAAACGAUUGCUGUAAAACCUCUGUCACGUGUAAACUGAGAAUUUAUACUUUUAAUGUAUUAGUUAAAUGUGUUUAUAUUUUUUAUACAAGAUUUUUUACUUAUAGGAUGUAAGUAUAAAGAAACAAAAAUCUUGCACAGUUAUUUUCUUAUCCAACAAUCCAAAAAAUAAAUCAUAUAUAGAGUAGUGUAAUUUCGGCGAAUUGUAUAUCUGUUUCGAAAUUAUUGUUAUCGAUAGAAAUGUCGCAGGUCAUGUCACGACUUCAAGAUAAUACAACGAAUAAGAUUAGUAAAUGGGGAAUAAUAUAAACACAAAACGAUAUUUUCAAGACUAUAUUUUUAUAGAAAACAGUACAAUACGUAUAACUGGAUAUUCGAAUAUUCGUCCGUGAUGUGAUAAAGAUAACACAAUUCUCAGUUUUGAUGAUAAUUUUAAUGAUUUAUUGUCUAGUUGAUGACUCAAUUGAGGAUACAAAUUUGUUAUCUAAAUAUCAAGGACAUAACAACUUAAAUAAAUGGGAUUCAUCGAAGUUUUCUUAAACAUUAUAUCUAAGGAACUCUUGAAUAGUUUGAAUUAGGUACAUAGGCAGUGGGUAACUACAGGUUGUCAUAAUAUAUUUUCAUAAGAAAAAGAUGCAUUUGUUUGUUUAUUAUUUUUUCUUAAUUUAGUAAUGUACACAUUUGGUUCAGAUGCUGUUUUUUCGUAUAUAUGUAAAGAAUAACACAAUAGUGGUUUUCAGCAAAUCAACGGUGAAUUGGAUACCUUUCGUCUAUUAUGUUACUGUAAUUUAUCUACGUACUUAAAUGAGGUAUCUAACCUUAGUAUAGAGCUCACGCUACUACAAUGGCCACACAAUUUCCCGGAGUAUAGUUAUUAUGUAAACCAACUAUUGAUAUAAUUAAACUACGUAUACAAAUGACUAUGAUUAACACCUAUAGUAGCUAGAACAUUAGUUACAUGUUCAUUUAUUUUACAGUUAUUUUAAUAGUUGAAUAGUUGUAUAGUAAAAUGCUUCCGAAAAUACUGAAUCUAUCGAAAAACAGUCGUUGGUAGUCGGAUCUGUCGAAUGUAAUAUAACAAUUAUAGAAAGCGUAAAUGAGUGGUCACAAUGCAUUAAUGAAUUUUGAAAACCAGAUACCGAGUUUCUAAGUCAAAAUAUACAACGAAUUUAUUUCACUACACUUAUAAUACAAACUUCACCAUUAAACAUCCCCGAAUCUCAAAUAGUUUCACAUUUAGAUCUAGUUAUUUCAAAGUAAAAUUAAUCUUAUAAUGGAGGCUAACGUCAGAAAAUUUGCCACAAUUCUACGCUGACGCAAAUAAUUCACUUCUUUUAAUUUUAAGGCUCCGACAUUUUGCCAAAAGAUGAUUUUUAAAUGUCAAGCUUUAGAAAGAUACUAUGAAUUACACUAGAGCAGCAAUUGACCAUCUUGGACUGGUCAAGCGGCAAGGAAAAUUUUAACGUUUGCAUUGAGCACAACAGUGCUCAUUUCCUGCGCACGUGAAAAAUUCGGAGAAUUCGCUGGCGUUAGCCCCCAUUCAAUACGUAUUCGUUGAACGGGUUACAAAUUGACAAAAAAGAUAUGUUUUUUACGACUAAUACUAAGUUUACAUAAUUUUUUUCUAAUAGGUUGUAUAUGUUUUAGUGGAAUUUCGAAAAACCCUUCCAAUAUAAAUAACAGAUUUGUUUAAAAAUAUUUCAACAUAAUAAAUUAGAAUAUAAAUAUAGGAUUAAUUGAGUCAAAAUAUAUGGUACAACUACUACUACAAAAUUAACAAACUUAACGUUUACGAGACAGUAUUAAAUACUUUUGACUAGAAUAUAGUUGGCUGAAUACUUAUAUUCUAACAUGAUCUCAUUUCUAAACAAAGAACACAAUAACCCGAUCUAUAUUAGCAAAACAUUUGUAAAAUAAUUUGUAGAUCAUUUAGUUAAUAAUUGUCAGCAAAUAAACAUUUUAUUUACAAACAGUUUAUAUAAAUAAAAAAUGAUUGAAAAUAUUGUCUAAAAAUACAAAAAGAAUUAAGAAACUAAUUACACAAAAGCAGCUUCUUGAUAGUCUCAACAAAAGGAUAUUCAUUUUUGCUUACCGGUAAACCCAGUUGUGUCCUAAAACUAAACAAAAUAUGAGCCAUAUUCGUGUGGCAUGACUCCACGUCGAGGAUAAAACGUAUGUGUGAGUGAAUAAUUAAGUAAAUUAGUUAUAUUUGAGGUGUAGAUAUCGGCAAAUCUAAAGAGUCGCCGAGAGAAGUAGGUAGGGUUGUGGUAAGUCCGGAAUACACUGCCGAACUGAGGGUUAAACACUGCCUUGGUGUUAUUCCUGGAAUCGAUAUAAUUCCUAAAAUGAUAGCAUGAAAAGAUACAGGUGAGCGUUAUUUACAGAGCCAAUUGAAAUACAAACAAAUUUAGAAUAGCAAUUACAACAUAUAAUCACAACAAUAAAUAAUACACAUUUAAAACAGUAAACAGUACAGUUUGGUUGUGUGUUAGGAUCUUUGUUACUAGGAUUUUGAUAAAAUUUCCUUUAAGCUAACACCAGCAAGCACCAUCGCUAACCAAACCACAACUGCCUUUGUAGCAACAUUUAUGGCGCAUAACACCGCAGACGCAUGCCGACACAGUCCAUGUCAGUCAACAGAGAAAGUUCGCAAUACAUUGGACAGAUGGCGCUUAUGGUUGGAAUGAAAAUACUGGAUCGCGGUGUUGAUAUUCACAAGAUAGGAUUAAUAGGUAUAGUGCCUGUAGCGGGAGCUAUGUGAUAUGUUCGACCUGAACAAAGCAAAGUGAUAGAUCUGCCCUACACAUCUUCUAAAUCUGUUCCUUUAAUCUGGUAUCUAACUAAUAGGCCCAAUCAAGAGGCCAUGGAAAAUUGUCCUCAUGGGAAAAAGUAAGAAAAGGAUAAAGAUAUCUGGCAUCUAUUUACUAACCUGAGCAUGUCUCUCUCGGCCAUCCACUCAUUGAGCACUUGGACAGCUUCCGGAUCCUUAUAGUCCUGGUGGUCCUCUAUCAGCUGCGUCAGCAUCUGCAGCCAGUUCGCGUUCUCUUUGAACGAUUGCAUGUUCAACGUGUUGAUCUCGUGCUGAAACAUAUUUAACAUUCUUUGAGAUGUAUUUUUUUAUAAUCAUGACCACUCAGGGUUAUUGUUGAAAUGUGCAUGGAACGCAGGCGGCUCUCAAUCUCCACGUAUGUAAACACGUUGGGGGUAACUCAAAUGCUUUUAGAAAAUUUUACAAAGUACAUAUUAGAAGCCGAGUCAACAUCCUAAGAAGUGGAUAACUGCAUGUCAUCAAGUGACAAUCUUGACUGCACUGGCGGCGUAAACCUCGCGUCAAGGCAUUCGAACAAAUGUAUGAAUCUCAUUAAACUUUGUUGUUGGUCCCGAAGUACACUGGUGACGUUGUGAUAUGUGUGUAUGAGACAAUACAACCACACACCGUGAGCUCGUUGAUGAUGGCGCCGGUGCGCCAGCCGUGCUCGAGGCUGACGUCGGCGAGGUCGCUGUAGGGGUGAUCCCCGAAGUACAGCACCUGGUGCCCGCUCCACCCCGUCAGAUCUUGCAACUGUCUCACUGUGCCCUGAAACACAACCACCAUCACAAAUAUAAGAAACAUUCCUUAUUUAUUAACUAAUUUUUAAGGUGCCUCAAACUGUGGUGUAAUAUACAUAGACGCCAUUGGCCGUUUUACUAUAGUCCAAUGCUGGGUUUCUUGAUCGCUUGGCUAUAUCACGGAAAGGACUGCGCCUAUCGAUUUUUUAAAUUAUAGUUGUUAUAGUAUAUUGGCUGAUUUUGAUGUAGGGUUGCCAGAUCCAGUCUUAUUGUUUAGAUAUAAUUUUGGGCCACAAACGGAUUCAAAGUGUCACACUAAAUUCUGUGAUCCUGCUAAUUUCGAGCCAUCUGGCCAAACAUGCAUUAAACCAAAAUCUUAUAUUUUUAACAAAAUUUAAAUAUAUACUUAAUUAUACAAAUAUAAUCUUCUCAAGACAAAAUUCAGUAUAUAAGUCCAUAAUUUAAAAUUCAGUUCUGUCCAUAAUGUCAAAAAUACUAAAUCAUGUAAAUCUGAAUGCUUUGUGCUACGACACAUCAUACUUCAGUAAUGGCAAUUAAAUUAGCGUACUUCGCAAAACACCAAAUAGAGCAACCAAGAAUAACAAGAUCCUUUGUGUAAACAAUCAGACAGCAUCAUGCGGUGCUACAUUAUAUAAUACAUAGAUGGUCUCACAUACCUCAUAAUAAAUAAUUCCUUUAUCGAGCGACGUGACCUUUUCCCAUAUGUGUGUAUUGGCAUUUUUGUCAAAAACUCGAAUCGGUCUAGAAACUUCGGCGAAAAACUUCGGUUUAUUCGCAUUAACUAUAACCACGUCAAAAAAAUCUCGCCAAUCUUGUCCCACUAACAUCUCCAUACCGGCAUUA